AUGGUGUCGGCGGCCGGGUGGAGAACACAGUGCCAGCGACGCCGAGGAGCCACUGAGUGCCCACUUGUAGAGGUUAUUUACCCUCCUCAGGGUAUGAGCCAGCAAUUAAUGGCUGCUAGCAAUGUGGAAUCAACUGAUCGAGCAAUACAGAGCACCUUCAAAUUGCCAGAAGGAAUUAAAAGCAAGGUGGUGGAUCCUGGCAAUCCAAAACUGGUCAAAAGAGAGGAGAAAAAUGUUAAGUCUGGAACUUAUCAUCAGGCGAACUUCAGAGAUCUGCUGAAACUGGAGUCUUUGAUGUCAUGUUUGUUGACUCCCUCAGCAUUCAUAAAGGAAAUGUCCCUUGACACAAAACAGAAAUUAGCAAGUACUCAUGAGAUGUAUCUUCCUUCUGUUAUUGAGCUUCUAGACAUGACUGAAACUACACUCCAGAAGUUCUCCAUGUUGGACACUGACAGGCCAAUAUUUCAGCCAUUCCCAUCAGAAAUUGUCUUUCAAAACUAUGAACCUUUUGAAACCCAUGAGGUUCCUCUGAUUCUGCGGAACCAUGAUCAGGUCCCACGGAUGGUUAAAGUUAUCCAGGAGGAUUCUCCAUACUUCAGAAUCAUCUGUCCAACUGAUGUGGGUCGUAAAGUGGCACCAGGCAUGACCACUACCUACAAGCUGCUUUUCAAACCUGGGGAAAACAAGGAUUAUAUCCAUGAAUUGAUCUGUGUCACAGAGAGGGAGAAGUUUUUGGUGCCUGUAAAAGCUAUUGGUGCACGUGCUAUCUUGGACUUCCCAGAUUUUAUCAAUUUCUCCACAUGUCCUGUCAAGUACAAUACUCAGAAGAUUCUCCUAGUUCGGAACAUUGGUAAAAGAGAAACAAAGUUCACCCUCCAAACCCAAAAGCCAUUUCUUGUGGAACCUAUCCAUGGAAACCUGGAGGUUGGGGAGAGCAUUCAAGUGUUAGUAGAAUUUACCCCCCAGCGAACUGGGGAUUACAGUGAAGAUUUGAUCUUACACUUGGACACAGGUGAGGACAUCUUUAUCCAUUUGUAUGGAGCUGCAACAGACAUAAAUGUAAGACUGGAUAAAAACUCAGUAAUGAUCGAGAAAACCUACAUAUCAUUGGCUAACCAGAGAGUGGUUUCCAUUUGCAAUAGGAGUGAUGUAAUUGUGCAUUUUCAGUGGAAGGCCUUUGCAACUCCAGAAGAAGAGGAGCAGCAAAAAAUCAGAUUUAUUUCAGACUUGAUGACUGAAGAAGAAGAGGAAACUAACCGGUUUAUGAAGGAGUGCACUGAAGACCCUACUUUACGUGAACAGAUGCCGCUCCUUACCCGUACCUUCCAGAAUCGUCGCCAUUUGGUGGAGGAUGACACAAUGCUGUUGUCUGAUGAUAUUUUCAUCAUUGAACCAGUGGAAGGGGAUAUCUGGCCCAAUUCCACAGCUGAAGUAAAUGUAAUCUGCAGACCUAAAGAAGCAAAAGUCUACUACCAAACAGUCUACUGUGACAUCACAGGUCGUGAAACUCGCUUGCCCCUCCGCAUCAAGUGUGAAGGUUUAGGUCCCAAGGUGAUCCUGAAUGUGGACCAAGUUGAAAUCGGAAAUGUCUUCAUUAAUUCAAAGCAAAUCUAUGAGCUUGUGUUGAUCAACAAGGGAGAUAUUUCUGCUGUAUACACCCAGAUUCCUGCACGCAGGGCAUUGGGCUCCUGUUUCUGUUUUAGCCCAAGUGAAGGGACCCUGUUGCCAGGCAAAUACCAGUUGUUGGAAGUGACUUUCAAAGCUGCAAUUCUUGGGAAUUUUAUAGUAGAUUUAUUUCUUUCUGUGAAAGGAUCCCCUGAACCAGUCCAAGUGACUUUCAAGGGACAUGUCAUUGGACCUACAUUUCAUUUCAAUGUGCCUGUACUGAACUUUGGGGAAGUAUCCUUUGGUUUUCCCAAGACCAUAUCAUGUUGCCUUACCAAUACGUCCCUUGUACCAAUGUCAAUUAAGUUGCGAGUUCCUGGUGAUGGUACUGGUGAAAUCAGCCAAACAAGCUUCAGCCAGGCCUCAGAGCACAAAAGCAUAAAUUUGUGGAUGAACAUCGAAUCAGGAGCACGACCUAAGGAAUUUACAAUAAAUCCCAGUGGUGGUAACAUUAAGUCCCAUGUUGGAAAAGAAAUUCAGGUAUCAUUUUGCCCCAACACUGUAAAAAAAUAUGACAUGCCCCUCAUUGUCGAGGUGGAGAAUGUUGGCCUGGAAGUUCUUGCAAUCCCCAUCCUGGCACGAUGCAUUGUUCCCAAUGUGGAGGUGGUUAACCAACAGAUUGACCUUGGACGCUGCUUUCUCAAGCACCCUUAUGAAUGCAUGAUAAAACUUCAGAAUACCAAUGAUCUUCCAGCAUGUUAUGGGGUAAUUCCACAGGGUUUGGACAAUCAACAAGGCAUACUUUAUUCCAGUCCAGAGCCUUAUGGAAUUAUUGAGGCCUGUUCCAUUGUGGAGAUCCCUUUAGUAGUGGAGCCGCAACAACUUGGAGAACUGAAUACAGAAGUAUACAUUGCCUUAUUUGGAAAAAGUCAAUUUCCUCUUAUUGUCCACGUAUAUUGCAUAGGCGAGGGGCCAGUGGUCCAUCUAAAUUCCACAAAGAUUGACUGGGGAAAAAUCAAGGUACUAACUGAUGUUCCCAAGACCAUCUGCCUGUCUAAUGAAUCACUUAUCCCAGCCAGAGUCACAGCCAAAAUGACUUUAGAAAAAUCAAAAUGGCGUUUGGAGCCGAGUGAAAUGGUGAUCCUUCCUCUUCAACACAAAGAUUUAUAUGUUGUGGCGCAUCUUGAUGACACAAUCUGGUCUGAAGACAAGGUACACUUGGAAGUAGAGAACAGCCAUACUAGGAGUAUUCAUGUGCAAGCUACUGGAAUUGGAACCACCAUUGUACCCAAUAAACCAUUCGGUCCAGUUCUUAACCUUGGAGCAAUAUUCAGUUCCGAGGUUUGCCGCUAUUCAGUUAAGCUGACAAAUUGUGGACGGCGACGCCAUCAGAUGUACUGGAAGAUGAUAGGCUUUCCCCAAGUCUUUAAACCCAGUCCACAGCCUUCACCUCGUGAUAUGAAAUAUAGAGAUUCUCCUGUAAAGGGUCACUAUGUUCCCAUCUUCAAAGUUAGACCUCUGAGAAUGGAUCUCAGACCGGGCAGGAGUGAUGUACUGACACUAGAAGGUGAAUCAGAUGGUCCUAUGGUUGUCGAUGGACAGCUCAUAUGUGAUGCUAUUAUCGGCCAGCAGUCUGGCAAGCAGAGAAUAAUGAGAGUGAAUGUACACUGUGAGUUCAUUGCCCCUGUCCUAGAGCUUUCACCAAAGCACUUGAACUUCAGAGUUGAGAAGCCCAAACAUGUCAAGCUGGUUCCUCAGUACACACCUCUUACUUUGAAGAACAUAUCCCCAUUGCCAUUGACCUUGAUCCUGAAGAUGGAAGGACCAUUUGGAAUUAUAGAAAGCAUGGAUCAUGAGACAACAAUCAUUUCAAAGACUGUUAAACUGGAUGCAGAUGAGCACCUUCAGCUGUUAAUCCAAUUUGACCCAUCAUAUAAGGAUGACUUGCACAGUCGUGUAAUAGAGGAGAUUCUGACAAUCCGGUACUUGGAGCACCCACACAUAGAUUAUGUGGUGUUGAGAGGAGAAGUACACUUCCCAAACCUGCACUUUGAAACUUCUACAGUGGACUUUGGUUGUAUCAUAAAUGAUACUGAGGUAGUGCGCUAUGUGGAGAUGACAAACUGCAGUCCCCUGCCAGUAAAGUAUCGCUGGUCCUUCCGUGCAGGUGACCCAUUGGAAUGGAGCAGUUCACCAGUUUGCAAAUCAACAGCAGAAAUUGUGGUUUUGGAGACCAAGAAUGUUAAAGAUGAGACAAAACUCACAGAUGAAUUACCCUUGGAGGAAGGUACCAUGGUUAUUGAGGACUCCGACAGAAAAAUGUCACUUUCCAAUAUCAAUGAAAAUGAUGUAGAGAAAACUGAUGCUGAGAAUGAAACACGCGAAGGCCUGGGCUUACCGAAAGAAAUUUCACUUAACAGUCUCACAGAAGGACAUGAGGUAAAUUUGUUAAGUGAGAAUAAUGCAGGGAAACUGAUGCCAGAUGAGACUAAAGAUAGCAAGUGUCUUCCCUGGAGCUGUAAUCGAAUGCAAGAUAAUGUGGAAUUAGGAGUGGAGCAGGUGUUUGAUAUUCUCCCGCUGUUUGGUCUUCUGCAUCCGAAUGAAAGUCAACAGGUGACCUUUACAUUUUACGGCCAUGUGAACAUUAUGAGUGAGGUGGAAGCAAUAUGUGAGGUGGAAGGUGGGCCAGCAUAUCAGAUUGUACUAAAAGGAGAGGCAUCAUUUAUCAAAUAUGCUUUUGACAGAAACGAGAUUGACUAUGGUUACCAGCUAUUUAACCUUGUUGCUGUGGCUGACCUAACCCUGAUGAAUACUGGAAAAGUGGGAUUUGACUUCGCUGUUUUGCACCUUGACCAGAUGGCUAAGCAAGUGCCUGUACCAGGCGUGCCACUUGUUACUCCUUGCUCGGGUUACAUUGCAGCAAAUUCGCAGCAGAAGCUGAAGGUUUCUUAUUUACCUGGAGUACCAGAGGCCUUUCAUAAGAGCUUUGAGAUUCAAGUCUCUUACUUUGAACCUGAGAGUAUUAGCCUGAAGGGGGAAGGAAUCUUUCCCAGAAUUUACCUGGAUCUCCCAAGAAACAUAAAAGGAAAUGAAAAGUAUGAGGCACUGCUGAAAGAGGCAAGAGAAGCAUUAGAGAGAGAAACAACUGAAGGAAACCUGCUCAGCCGUCCUGAAACCAUAGCAGGAGAAUUGGGUGCGGCCAACACACUCUCUUCUUAUGACACCCUGCUGCAGAUGGAGGCUGAUCGCUUACUAAUUAAGGAGUGCAGUCUGGCACAAGAUUUACUUCUUUCUUCUCACAGCUCUUCACCUGGAUCAAAUCAACGUGCACACAAAGGUGUAUUCAGAUGUCAUUUGCCAGAGUUUGUCCUGGAUUUUGGCUUUGUAAUCCUCAGCACUGUCAAGGUACAUGUUGUGAAGAUUACAAACACAGGCUGUUUGCCAGUAUCAUUUUACACUGAUCGACAUGCUCUUAAAAAAACAGGUUUCAGCACUGAGCUGAAUAAGGUGAAGAAUCUACCCUAUUGUGAAACAGAGACUUUUGAAGUACGGUUUGACCCCCUUCGUGCAAACCUCCGUAUUGGACCUACGAAAGCUUUGAUGUCGAUACAGGUCAUAAGUGGGCCAACAGUGAAUGUAAUCCUGAGUGCUACAGUGACCAUGCCUGGCUUAACCGUCUCCAGUGAUCACCUGGACUUUGGCACUGUGCAAUGUGGGCAAUGUCAGGUUAUGACCAUUCAACUCCACAACCACCUGGAUGUAACCUGUGAAUGGUUUUUCACUGAUACCAGUGUUGUAAAAGAGAAGCUUGAUAAGCAUGUUCCCCUGUACCUGCGAUCCAAACUACUGAAGGAGUUGAAGCAACCUUCCUAUGUAUUCCGCAUGUCACCAGCUUGUGGUGUGCUGGAGGCUGGGGCGAAAGUGAACGUGCAGGUGACAUUUAUUCCUGAUGAGGAGAAACGUUAUAAACAUCGUUUGAUGUUGAACUUCUCACAGAGCAGUAACCAGGUGCUGAUCACAGCCAUUGGCCAAGGACUGGAGCCUCGACUUGAAUUUUCUACAACUUUAUUGGAACUGGGCCCACUUUUACCUUACAGUACAGAGGUUGAAGGGAUAGCGAUUGUAAAGAAUCCCUGCACUUUUCCCAUUGAAUUUUAUUCAGUGGAGUAUGAUAACAAUUACUUGGAGGAAGAAAAGGUUCUGAGGAUGAUGAAGUGCUAUGGCUCAGAUAACAUGUUGUUGCUGCCGCCAAGACAACCAGGCGAGAAACUUCCAUUUGAAUUAUUGGAUUACUACAAAGAGCAAAGCCAAAUCCAAGAAGAACAGGAGCAAGCCAAGAAUAGAGCCGUGGAAGUCACUGAAGUUGAAAAUGAUCAGAAAGAGAAUGAAGUGGAGGAGCUGCCUGAUCAGAUGGAAAAGCAGGAUCGGUUGGUACCUCCAGAGGGAGCCACACUCAUCAGUGAAAGUGAGGUCUCUUCAAGACCAGCAACAAGCCUAAUAUCAGAGGACAAAAAGGAGCCUGAAAACCAAUUGGAAUGUGCUCUGACUGGAUUAAGAGAAGUAGGGAAGAGUGGGGAAAGGGAUAACAAUUUUGAUUGGGGAACUAAUGAAAAUAGGAAGUGCUCUGAUGCUUUUAUCAAUGUGGGUGUUGGAGAACUGGAAGUUACCCCUGUAUCCAUGGCUAUUGGCAGGUACCUCGGACUUGACCUGUCCCCUGAGGGAUGUGCUGCUCGAAACCGCAGAGGCAUUGCUAUCAUAGUACAUGGAGCUCCUGCUGCAGGAAAGACAAACACUGCUGUCUUUCUUGCAAAAUAUUAUGGAGCAGCCUGUUUGGUUAUAGAUUCUGUUUUACGGGAAGCGGUUUCAAGUGGUACCACAGCCGCAGCUACACGAGCUCGUGAAUUGUGUACAAAAGCUGCUCUGGAUCAGAUGCUGAGGGAUGCUGAAGAAGUGUCACAGAGUGCCGUCACGCGAUAUUCAUCAAUUGGAAUUGGAGGUACCACUGUGAAUGAAACAAAUAAACAAACACCUGAUGGAAGCCCGAACUCUGAAUUCAAACUUCCACAUUUGUCAUCAGCCAUUCCUCGUAAAAGUAGCAUGAACACUUUUAAGUCAAGUCAUAAUAUCCAGAAGCAGCAAAAUGACGUCGUAACUUCACAGAUGUCUGUAAUCGGUCCGGUAAUGCAGCAGCCUUUGAGCAUCACCACAAGCUUCAUCGGAGAAGCAAACCUCAUGAGCUGUCAAUUACCAGAAGAUGUGAUGGUAGAACUUCUGGCAGAGAGAUUGCAGCUGAAUGACUGUUGCCGAGGUGUUGUAUUCGAUGGAUUGGAAAGCAUAUACAGUCUGAGUGAAGCCUAUACUCUCACAGCUGCACUUAAAGCAAUUAGCAAUAGACGUCACAUCUACUUAAUCAACCUUCAUCAGGAUUAUACAGCACUGAAGUCCAGGGAGAAAGCCAAGCAGGAGGAAGAGGAGAAAAAAUUGAAGGAGAAAGAAAAGGAGGAGAGGAUUUAUCUGCAAGAGUUGAGUGAAGAAGACUAUGAGGCUCUGUCAGAGGAAGCAAAAGCGGAGUUUGACCUGAAACGCGCUUCUUUAUUCAAAGCACGCAGGGAAAAAGUUUUGAAGGAGAUACACGAACGACAACUGCAGCAACAGAAAUGGAGGGAAGAAUUGGAGAGGCUGCGAGAGGAAGAAGAACUUAAGAAAAAAUCUAAAAGAACAAGAAAAGAUUUUGGUAGCAAAGAUGAUGCAAAAAAAUACCAGAUAAGUGCAAGAAUGCGAGGAGAAGGGGGAGCCGCGGUCCAGGUCCUGGAGGAGCUGGAUCCUCGACCUCACGUACACGUCCCGAGUCCUGACGAGCUGCAGGUCCCGGAACGCGGCCUUCUUUUCGUACACCCCGCGCAGGGCCGGGUCCGUGUCAGGCGACCGAGGCGUGACUCCAGGUUGAGCAUCUCCUUCUCCAACUCCUCGAUCCUGGAUUUCCUCCUCAUUGUCGCCUCCCUGGCCAUCAAGCCCAGCUGCCUGGCGCGCAGCGUGGGCAGACCAGUAAACUCUUUCAAAGGAGCUCCAGCAGUCGAGCGCCAGUUGGGGUCUAUCCUGGCGACUCAGAGUUUCCUCAGCAAACUACUGGAGUUACUCAAGGGGGAUGAGGGCGAGAUCGGUGGGAGGCACCUAGGACUCACAAAUGUCACUGGAGACAGACUCUGCUUCGUCCACUACCGAUCCCGUACCCUCCUCCGGGAAGUCGCCCUCUGUCACCGACCCUUCUCCCACCGAGAGUGGGGGGCUGGUCCGACACCGCCAACUGACCUCAAACCCCCGGUGGCCCCACCCCCAGGGUCACCGGCAAGCACAAAUAUUUCAACAAUGAGGAAUGAUGUUCCUGAAGGAAAGGUCAUUACUACCGACCCUCAUGAUUCAGCAGAUCGUGGUGAUGUAGAGGAAGGAACUAGAAAGAGAAAGAUCAAAGAUGCCAGAAGCAACCACGCAACAUUGGACAGGACUGACUCAACCCAAGACGAUGCAUUAUACAAAAGCCCAGAAAAAUUGCUUUUCCAGAGAUUUCAAAGGUAUGAACGCAACCAGAAGAAAAUCUCUCAAACUUUGGAAUUCUGGGAUCGAACCCAAGGAGCCGUUGUCUUCCCGACAUCAGAGGAUGUCCAAAGCUUUGGAGAAGAGCAUAUGAUGGAGCGGCCUGCACCUUCAGGGAAAAGGGGUAAAAAGGAUCGACAUGACAAAGUCGAGAAAGAGAGAGCUGAACGAGCUGAGAAGGAACGAGCUGAGAAAGACCGCUUGGAGCGAGAAAAGGCUGAGAAAGAACGUUUGGAAAAGCUGAGAGAGGGGAAAAGUGGUGGUUCUCCACUAUCCGAUAACACAGUUGAAGGAGACAGCAAGGAAAGUGCAGAAAAAGAAGAAGUUUUUGGAGUGCCACACAUCAAGCUGCACGUGACUGACCCAGAGGAUUGCUAUGGGAAAAUUAUUCUGGAAAGCGGGAAAAUUCCGACAGUUGAUGUGGUUUUAAAUGGUCUGGGUCUGAGUCCAAGUGGCCCCCCUAUUCCACUUCCCGCCCUGUUUGCAGUGGUACAAUUUCCUUUGGAACCAAGGCCCACUUCAGGACAAGAAGUACAAAAAAACUUCACACUUUUACCCAACCCAGAUGAAGGAAAAUUGUUGUUUGAGGAUAGGAAGGAGCCUGAACCAGAGCCUGAGGUUGUGGUCCCAGUUAUUAAGGAAGAGCCACAAGUUCAGCAUCGAGGAAAGUCCAGAAAGGAAAGAGAUUUGGAACGUGACAAGCGUCGGUCCGGUGGUCAUAAAAGAGGUCGCCGUGAUUCCCGCUCUUCAAUUCUUGUGGGUACUAUUUCACCUCAAUCUGAUGUUGACCGUAACACUGGUCUUGAGGACACAAGCAAAGAUUUAAAUGUCAUCAAAGUUCCUCCUUACCGCUGGAUCGUGCAACCUGGGGAGGUAGUUGCAUUACAAUUGCGUUUUACCUCAGCAGAGUGUGGGACAUUUGACCAGACGCUGAACUUUGAAAUCAUGAGCACACGACGAUGUUACAAAUUGUACUGCAGAGGAGUCUGUACAUACCCAACUAUAAGUCAAGAUCCCUGUGUUGUUUUUCAACAUCGGAGGAAGAACACGAAGGCAGAAGAAAUUCCUCGGAAGAAGUACAUCAUGAACACAGGAGUAUUUCAGUUUGGGCCACUGCUCUGUGGACUGACAAGAGAAAGAUACAAGGAGAGUCAACACCCAGAAAACAGGGAAAUUAUCAGAAUAGUGAACACUUCGCCCAUGGUGGCCGAGGUUUCCUUCUGUUUUCAGCACGACUCAAAAGCUUCCACCUACCUUGUGGAUCCACCCACUAUCACUCUUGAAGCCAACCAGAGAAAGGAUAUCUCAGUUUGGGCCUACCCAACCUCUUCUGGUAUAUUUGAAGACUGCCUCGUUUGUUGUAUUCGAGAGAAUCCUGAGCCAGUUCUCUUUAAGUUAUGCUGCUAUGGAGUCCGUGCAGACCUGGAACUCAACCGCAAGCAGCUGCACUUUGACAAGAUGAUUCUUCACAGGAGGGACACCAAGAGCCUCACCAUGCGGAAUAAUUGCCUCCUGCCAGUGGCUUGGAGAAUCACUGGGUUGGAGAAUCUGGGUGAUGAUUUCUCUCUGUCUCAGGAUCAGGGUGUCAUCGAUCCCAAGAGUGAUUUUUCUGUGCAAAUGAGCUUCAAAGCCAUGCGACAAGUCAACCUCAGAAAGUAUAUUCGAUUAGAGGUCUACGAUGCAGAAAAUAUUCUUGGCAUUGUUCAGACAGAAAACAUUCUGAUUCUUGCAGAAGCUUAUGAUGUGGCCCUGGAUAUCAGUUUCCCAAAAGGCACAGAUGGUGGGAUUGAUUUUGGUGUCGUCAAGGUUAUUGAUAGCGUGAAGCAGACCAUUACCUUGAAGAACAAGGGCAAAUAUGAGAUUGGAUACAGGUUCCUUCUGCAACCCACAAGACGUGACAUGCCAGACCUGAAUUCUCUGUUCACAAUUCAGCCGAUGAAGGGGUCCCUCCUACCCAAUGACCGUGCCACUCAUAUCUACAUCAACUUCCACUGCAAAACUACCACAGAGAUCAAAGAUGAGCCCAUCCUACGCUGCCUGGUGAUUGAGCCCACUUUGGGUGAUGGAGGAGAGGUUAUAGCCAGCAUUCCAGUUAAAAUAUCAGUUCGUGCAAUUUUCACCACCUAUCAGAUAUUACCAGCAGGAGAGGUUAACUUUGGUAUUGUGUUAUUUGGCAACCGGAAAAGCCGUACAUUCAUCCUCGAGAACAACUGUGAAUUUGAUUACAAAUACUCCAUCUUCAAAAUGUCAGCUGUGAUUCCACGCCAAUCAAAGAAAGGCGGUGGUGGUGUUUCAAAGAUUGGGAAAUCUCAGGAUAAAGCUGAUGGAGUUCCAAAACAGAAAGAACAAGCACCCCAGGCCCGUUUGACGGUUGGAAUGUUCACAGUUUUCCCUGGUUAUGGAAUUGUGCUCCCUGGAGCCCAACAGGCCAUUACAGUAGACUGUUCUGCAGAUCAGAUUGGAAAACAUGAAGAGCUCCUGUGUCUUGAUAUAACUGAUCGUGACCCAGACAGCCAUCCAUCCGGUAUUCCAUAUGGACUGGUCAUUGAAUGCUGCGCACCAAGUAUUGUGGUGGAUGACAUUGCUUCCAUCUUUGAAGAGCAUCAUAUUUGCCAGAAUAUUAAUCUCCAUCAGUGCUUGCAGUCUAUUGUUUGCAGUGGAGUCUAUGUGGAGGAUGAGAAGAGAUACCUUUUCCAUAAUAUACAUGUUGGAGAUCAAGCUGAAGCUCGUUUCAAGAUUAUCAAUGGAGGGAAAGUAGCUGCUGAUGUGCUCGUAUCCGUUAAACCAGUUUCUAAUAAGGCUGCCGCUCGCAUUACUGAUAUUUUUGAUGUGACACCUACCAGAAUGAACAUCCCGAGCUAUGACCACAAAUUUGUGGUUGUAACGUUCACUCCUCAGACUAUGCAGAAUUACCAGUGCAUUUUCGAAGCUGUUGUGGAACCAACACUUUCCAGUGUUCCUAAGUCAAAGUCCUUGGUAUUUGAUAUCAUUGGAGAUGGGAACCUCCCCCGAAUCAACGUCCUGCAGCCUAUGCUGCGCAAUAAGAAAGGGAACCCACUGCUAAUCUACUCACGUCUAUUGUUAGGUCGAACAGAGAAGUUGUCUGUUGUCCUCAAAAAUGAUGGUACCUUACCUGCCCAGGUGUCUGUCAAUAUCUCUGAUGAUUAUGGAGUGUUUUCUCUGAAGGAAUGUAUUGGAACCAUAUGCACCUAUCCUAAACACCGGUAUAUUCAAGAAGAGAAUCCGGAGAAAGUAAAGGAAAGUUGCAUGCUCACUAUCAAGCUCAACAGUGGGGAGGAGGCCAAGUUUGAUGUUUCCUUCCAACCAACCUUAGCUCAGCACCUGGAAGGAGCAUUGUACUUGACAGUGCUCAACAACCAGUUUGAGGACACCAUCAUACGAUUAAUUGGCGAAGGUUUUCAGGAUGAUAUCACAUUUGACAAUAUCCAUGGACUAGGAAGAGCUGGCUCGGUGGAAAGCUUUACAAACUUUCUGGAGGACACUGACAUUAAAGCAACACAUUUAGAGCAUAUCGAAUUUGGAGACUGUCAUAUUGGCAAGCCAUAUCUGGUGACCUUCACAAUGACCAAUCGAAGUGUAGCAGACAUCAUACGAUUUGAGUGGCUUUCAGACAUCCGCGAGUUCAACAUCUCUCCACAGUUUGGUCAUUUGCAUGCUGGAUGUGCAAAGGAUAUGACAGCAACAUUUAAGUCAGAUCUACCUGUGACAUACAACCAACACACAAUAAAGUGCAAGGUGUCAAAAAUCAGCUACCCAGUGCCCCCCGACCAGGUUCCAGAUUGGGACAGUCGCCUCAGUAUUGUGAAGUGGGUCAGUGCUGGGCAAGGAGUACGACCCGCUAAGAAGAAGGUGAUAGAGGUGGAACCUGAACCUGUCCACAUGGUUUUGGAAGAUAGCUCUCGGGAGCUAGAGUUGAAGAUCAGUGCCAUGGUGGAUUACAGUGACUUUGAAUGUACUUGUAAAAGCAUCAUCUUUAAAGACACAAUGUUGUACCAAUCUCGGGUCUACAAGAUACAAGUCAUAAACAAGGGCCCUGGAGCACUGGAGUACCUCUGGAAGAUGAUGACAGCAGAACAAGAUUUACACACCUACAUUAAGGAAGGUUUGCUGUCUCCUGGACAAGCAGUCCCUGAAAGGACCAAUGAUACACCUUCAGCCAGUGAGUUGGCUGGACUCUCAACCAGCAAGGGCACUCAAGCUUUCAGCAGGUUUCACAAUGGCAUCGAAAGCAUCUCCUCCCGAGAUUCCAUUAAUAUUGACAGGCCUCCAUUCACAGUGGAGCCAUGCAGCGGGACAGUCGCAGCCAUGGGAACACAGGAAUUCAAAGUCAAGUUUAUCCCCUUGGAGGUUGGCGAGUUUGAGGCAUCACUCAUCUGCAGCAUUCCAAAUUUGAAAGCGGGGUUGCAGGACCGAGUGGUAGCCGUGAAGGGCCGCAGCCUCCUCCCAUUCUGCCAUUUUGAGCUGGAAGACUCUAAUUACAUCAGCGGAAACAGGCGUAACCCUGAGUUAAGUGGCCCGAGGGGUGCUCCUCCAGGGGUAACCCUUGACCCCAACACACGUGUCAUCGAAUUCCAAGCUGUGGGUGUGAACACAAUCAAUCGGAGGUCUUUUUACAUAAUGAAUCCAACAAAUACUGACUACUCCUUCCAGUGGGUGUCUGAAAGUGCACCAAAUGUACGGGUGCAGCCAGUCUUCUUCUGCCUGACAGAGAAAGGAUAUAUUGCAGCAGGGAAGAAGACCGAGGUCAGCUUUCAGUUUGUGCCUCAGCAGCUGAACAUCACUGAAUCGUUCUGGAGUUUCAUCAUUCCAGAGCAAAAUAUCACCGUGCCAUUCCUGUUAUGUGGCAACACGAGAGAACCUGCUGUCUCCUUUAACCGCUCCCACAUCAACUACAAAUUUGUGUUAUUAGGCUACAAAGCGCAUGAGACCGUCAACAUGAUUAACAAUGAAGCAAGCCCACUAAGUUUCCAUUUCAGAGAGGAGACACUGCAUUCAGAGGCUUACGUGUGCAAACUUUUUGUGGAGCCCAUGGAGGGCAUUGUUCUCCCUCACAGCAGUAUGCCCAUUGUCUUCUCCUGUAUUGCAAGCAUUGAUGGACAUGUGAACUGGAAUGUUGUGUGCGAUGUGAAAUCAAAGACAGUACCUUUGACCUUAAAUGUCAAGAUGCAUGGAUACAGCAUGAAAGCUACAGUGGCAUGUGAAGGCAGUGAUGGGACAGUAACUGAACUCAGUCAUCAGACUGUCAAUGAGAUCUCCUUUGGAGAGGUGGAAUUGAAUGAUCAUAUUAGCUACCAUUUUGUCAUCUCAAACAACGGGAAAUUUAACUUUGACUUUGACUGGGAGCUUUCUGGUCCUCCCAGCAUCCUGAACUGUCUGAAACUAAACUGCAAGCAGAACAGGGUGGAAACCGAAAGCAGUGUCGCAGCAUCAAUCCGAUUCCAUCCAGACCACAAGUUUGUGCUAAAGGACGUCGAGCUAAAGCUGAAGAUCCAGAAAGGCCCUGUUUUUGCCUGUGUUCUCAUUGGGUACAUAGUGACCCCAAGCGCCCACUUAUCUUUCACCAGAUAUGAUUUUGGGCCAUGUUUCAUCUAUAAUGCUGGCAUGACACCUUUGAAAAAAACUCUGAUUAUCACCAAUAAACAGGAGCAAGCAAUCGGUCUGCAUUGCUUGUACCCCAACAAUUCUUACCUGGAGGUAAAGUUCCAACCUUGUGCUCUGGCGCCAAAGAAAUCAGUAGAAGCCAUCAUAAUUUUCUACCCAAGGGAACCCAUUAAAUACCAAGAAGUUGUCACCUUUGAAAUCAAUGGACUCACCCGACAGAAUGUCAAGAUCUUCGGCCAAGGUGCAGAGAUGAAGAUUGAAGUUGUCAAUCGCAAGGACAAGGUGGUCAAUUUGCAAGCUCCAAGGGUUGGACAGGUUGUGAAGAAAGUGGUACCAAUUAUCAACAGAAGCAGGGUACCCUUGACAUUCACCCUCGCUGUGAAUCCCAACCAACCACUUCUUCAGAACCCAAAGGUUCUGUCUCUGUCACCGCAUACCAGCAUCAAGCUGACUGCACAGGGAGGCACCUGUGAUGUGGUGGUGACUUUCUCCCCAACGUACCGAAUUCCCCAGUUUGCAGAGGAGGUGAUGAUGGAGUGCAUUGGCGUGUCAAAGCCACUAUUUGUGAUACAAGGGUGCUGCCAGGGAAUUGAGAUCUCACUGGAUCAGAACUGCAUUGCGUUUGGAUCAGUUGUUCUGCGUAGCUCAGUCAUGCGGCUGAUCGUACUAGAAAAUGUUGGAGAUAUUGGUGCAAGAUUUAGAUGGGACAUUGAGAAGUUUAAGCCUCACUUUUCAAUUUCUCCCGUGGAGGGCUAUAUCUCCCCAGGAAUGCAAGUGUCCCUGGAAGUGAUAUUUCAUCCAGCUAAAGUACAUGCAGACAUUCGUUUGGAAAACGUGCAAUGUUUCAUCGAAGGAGCCAAAUCUCUCUAUCUCUACCUGACUGGUUCAUGUGUAGCACCAACUGCUAUGAAAGAGGUACUCAAUUUCAGCUGUCAAGUUCGGACCUCACAGGUUCACAGCAUUGUACUAACUAAUCGCACCAACCAGGUCUGGAAUCUGCAGCCCUCAAUUGAAGGAGAGUAUUGGAGUGGACCUAAGGUUAUCACUGUGCAACCUCAUCUGCAGAACCAAACCUAUGACAUCACAUAUAAGCCACUCACCAUGACAAUGGAUGGCAAAAAGCAUCAGGGCUCUGUCUUUUUCCCAUUGCCUGAUGGUACAGGAUUGCUCUACAUGUUACAAGGAGUUGCUGAGCCCCCAAAGGCAGUCGCAGUUAUAAAUCGUGAAGUGCCUUGCAAGACGUUACACACUGUAUUGUUAUCAAUUCACAACUGGCUCCCCAAACCACAACGAUUCCGAGCUACCUUGGACCAGGUCAAGCCUGAACGACUAGAGAGUACCACCACAUUGAAAGGACUCGACUAUAUUGAUGUUCCUGGGUCUUCCAGGCGGGAGUACAGGCUCACUUUCUUCACCUACAAGGAGGCAAUCAUCUCAGUAAAGGUGACCUUCCGUAAUGAGACCACUCAGGAAUACCUUUAUUAUGUCGUUAACAUUAAAUCUACAUCUCCUGGUCUGAAUGGCACCAUAGAGUUGGUGGCUCCAGUUCGCCAGAGCACUACAGGGAGUGUGGAGGUUGAGAAUCCAUUGUCUAACCCAACUGUAUUCAUCACAGAAUGUAAAAUCACAGACAUCUCUCUCCCAACGCAGCUCAUUGUCCCACCACAGGCUAAGGGUAUAGUGUCCUUUGAAUAUCAGCCUCUGAAAGUGGGUGAGGUCACUGGGCGCCUUACACUGAACAACAGUGAUUUAGGAGUCUAUCAGUAUGACCUAAUCCUGAAAGCCAAGCCAGCAGGCCCGGAGAAACCACGCCACUUCCGGACUAACUUUGGUGGCAACCAGACCCUCAUGGCCAAGUUCCUAAACCACUCCCGCCAGAAAGUGGAGUACUUCUGUAAGGUUGAUAGCCCCGAAUUCUUUGUGGAGAAAAGCAUCACGGUCCCACCAGCCUCGCCGGGUGGUUCAGAGGUGGGUGUGGAGGUGAUCUACGAACCUCUUCAUCUGGGCGAGACCAGAGCAAUUCUCAACGUCAACUCUCCGGUUGGAGGCGAGUACAACAUUCCCCUCCUUGGAAUGUGUUUGGCUGCAAAACCUCAGGGCCCCUUCUCAGUUCGAGCUGGUAAUAGUGCUACCAUCCCAUUCAGGAAUAUCUUCCCCCAGGCGACCACCUACUCCUUCCAAGUGGACAAUCCGGCGUUUUCCUGCAAACCCACAGAGACACUACGUGGGAAGAAAACCCAUGUUGUGGUUGUCAACUUUGAAGCUACAAACAUCUCCAAAUCCCCUGUCACUGGCAAGUUGAUCAUAUCAUGCCCAGGUUCCGCAGGGUCGGGAGCUAUGAUGUCCUGGAUCUAUUACCUGAAAGGUGUUACUCCUGAGAAGUAA